GCAAACAGAGUAAAGAGAACCGUAACGCGAGGAGGUGAACAUUGUAGAUACGCCCAAGGAAAACCCCCCCAAAGGUGUGUAAUGACAGUGGAUCGGCCUCUUUUCCUGCCGACGCUCCGCAGAUAAACUCCAGCCAUCUCAUGCCGACGAUGAUAUGGCAGCUGGAAGAGUAAGGUCCUUCCGUCGUGUUGGGAGUCUGAUGCGGAGUAAAUCUGAGGGGACACUGAUUGAUCUGGAUGACAAAGUCUCAACCAAUGGUGUGUAUGCGACACAGUACUCUGAGUGGCCACUUUCCCAACCAGGAGACGCACGUUCAUCUCAGUCGAAAAAUCCCUUUUGGAACAAACUGUCUGGAUCAAAUCCUUUCUUAGAUGACAUUGUACACAGUGGCACAGACAGACACAUUUCCAAUGUGAAACAAAAUAAUGAAAAUCCUUUGGACACGAAUAACGAUGACGUCAUUAGCACAUCUUCGGAUGAAGGCAACGUGGGGAACUAUUUGGAGAACAAACACAAAGCCAUCGACAGAUCUGGGAGAUGCAGAAGUGCCUCUGACAUUCUGGAUGAUCUGGAGAGAAAAGUGCCAAAACAGGAGAGCAGCUUCAAACCGCCUGGGCCGGUGCUUAACCCAGAUUUUGAGUGGCUGAAGAACGACAGAGAGGCCUACAAGAUGGCCUGGCUGAGCCACAGGCAGCUAACCCGCUCGUGUCUGGACUUAAAUCUGAUGAGCCAGAGUCCAGGGUGGGCUCAGACACAGGCCACGGACUUUCAGGUCAUCUGCAAGAUCGGCCACACUGGAGGCUCAGUACAGUUGCCGGCCUCGGAAAAUAGCAUCCAUAUCCCAGAAGGCCAUGUUCCUCCAGGAGAAGUCCAGGAGGUUACACUGAAAGCAAUGCUAGACCCUCCACCUGGACUCAAUAACAACUACAUGACAACCAUGAGUCCGCUUCUAGAGGUGGUCCUCAGCAACAUCAACAUAAAAGAGUGUGUUUCUUUGGAGAUGAAACUGGCUGGAGAGGUAAAGAGCGACCCACUGAGUCAGGUGAUGACUACUGUGGUCGGCCUGGUGUCCAACAAAAGAGAGGGACCGUAUACUAAAGUGAAUGACUGUUACAUUUACAAGAACAUGAUGCAAAUGAAGCUGCAGGACCUUAAGACGCAUUUCUAUGUAAUUGCAGUCGCAGAGGCCUCUGUAAUCCAGUCUCCUGCUACAUCAGUGUGGGAUUACCUUGAUCGCCAAAUCACGGUAGCAGUUUAUGGCCCCAGGUAUAUCCAUCCAUCAUUCAAGGUCGUAAUAGUAGUUUGCGGUCAUGAGGACGUUCCGCCAAGGCUUCCGUUUUCAGACGUGUGCAGGGGAAACAAAAAUACACCUCCACUUGUGCUGCAGCUUUGGGGAAAGCAUGGGUUGAAACCAGACACACUGAGCAACCUGCAUGUCGGUAUGAGCCUCACAGGCUCAAUGUUUAAAAUAAAACCUGAGGACGAACUGAAAGAAGUGAGACAAAGUCGGCUCAAAAUAGGGACCGUUUUUCAUCUGCCAGUUGCGUUAUCUUGUGCUAGGAAUACAGAAAUGACUCCUUUUGAAUUAGAUGUACAGGUGAAAGACUCAAACGCUGCAAUUGUCGGCCAUUUCCAGGUGCCUUCCCCUCCCGCCGCACCCAUCAGAUCAGAGAAGCGAGUGCCGAGGCCGAUAGAAAAGCGGAUUGAAAUGGCAAGAAGCUCACCUAUCCCUGAAGAAAGUGUUCCGGAUUUCCCCAAAUUCACAGACAGACCUGUGAACCUGCAGUGCUACGGUGUAGCCUUGAAGUCUGUCCUCCGUCAGCCACGUGUAGACUACCUUCUGGAGUAUUUCAAGGGGGACACUGUCGCCCUCCUAUCCAGAGAGACUGUCAGGUCAGUGGGUAACUCAAAAGUAAAGGAGUGGUAUAUCGGAUUCCUCCGAGGCAGGACUGGUUUGGUUCACUGCAAGAACGUCAAGCUCAUAACCGAAGACCAAGUGAUUGACUUCACCGGCAUUCAAAUGACCACAGAGGUCCUCUUGGACCACAUGACGUUGCCCUUCAAGAAGCUUACUUACAUGUACUCCGCCAUCCAGACUCUGGUCACUGAACACAUAACCAGCUGGAGGAGUUUGGCUGAUGCUUUAGGGUACGGCAAGCUGUCUCUGGACACGAUCACCCGGACGCACGCUGAAACUCAGGCGGAAAAAGUGGCCUGCGUGCUGGAAAAGCUGAAGGAAGACUGCCACGCUGGGAGGAGCAAGAAGAAGUUUCUGCACGAGCUCAUGGUGGCUCUGUUGAAGAUGGACUCGGUGAAUCUUGUGGCCCAGCUGAUUCAGAACACAGUCAUUUUGUCCACCGCCGUGGAGCUGGGCGCUCGAUGGCGGGAGCUUGCUGAGAAGAUGGGCAAACUGUCCAGUGCUCAGAUAGCGGACUAUGAGGCGCCGCACCGAGGGAAGAGCAGGGACGUCGGUACCCAGUCAAUGUGGAAGCCCGCCUAUGACUUCCUGUACUCCUGGAGUCUGCGGUACGGAGACAGCUACAGGGACAUGAUCCAGGAUCUGCACCUGGUCCUGGACAAAAUGAAAAACCCUGCCACCAGACAGUGGAGACAGUUGACCGGUGCCCUCAUCACAGCGAACUGUCUGGAUAUCUUUCGAGCCUCGGCAUACCCAAAUUCCUAAACUUUAUGCAAGCGCACUCCAGUGAUGACGGCAGCUUCAACGCACUUGGGAAAAACAGAGAGGUUUUUGUUACACAGCAAUAAGGCUUUGAUGUUGUUGUUUUUUUAAUGUUACUUUGCUCUUCUUUUUUUUUGUCGUUGUAUAGUUUUGCUCAUUUUUACACAAAGCAUUGGAAGCUCCUUUUAUUGUAAGUCAAUCAGGUACGAGCAGUACAUGUUUGGAUCUGAAAUAUGUUCUCGCAUUUUUUGGAGCAAAGAAGGAAUGAAGGAAAGAAGAAAAUGAAGUGUAGUUUGUCACUGUUCUCGAUGUCUCUCCGUACACAAAUGUGAUGAAACCUUAACGUGAAAGAUCAUUUUGGGAGAUCAUUUUCUGUCAAAUCUUUAUGAGAUAUGUAGUUCCCAACCGACAUCAAUUGUCCUGGGUAUCAAAACUCUCAACGGGUGUUUUUAUCUAUUGUUCUUUUUCCUGUUAAUAGUAGCCUAAUAUUACCCCAUCUGCAAAUGUGCAUUACCUAAAGACCAGGUAAAUUAUUAUUUAUAGUACUUACUGACUGUAUUUAGUUUGUUUUGUAAGGAUCCACAGUAUUAGGAUCCACAUCACCUUUAUGGAUCCUGUGAAAGGUUGUAUCAAUGGGAUUUUUAAAUUCUAGUUUUCUGUAAAACACUGAAGGUAGUAAUAAUAAUAAUAAUAAUAAUAAUAAUAAUGUGAACACUGCUGCAAACUAACAAUCUCAAGGGUUGCAGCACUGCCAGGACAAUACAUAGAGUUAUAUAUAUAGUUCUACCAAAGUGACAUGUUCCUGGUGCCAGUAAACAAACCAUAAAGAUACUUUACAAGUGUCAUAAACUCUUUGUUUCUUAACAGGAGUAUGUUCUUUUUAUACUGUAAUGAAAUGUUUAGAUAUGUACAAUCAUUUCACAAGAUAGACUUCGUAAGCAUUGUGUUUGUAUGAUCAUGUUUCCGUUGCCAAACGGAAACCUCACUGUCGAUUGGUGCCAUGUACUGUACAGUACGCAGUGUUUUCAGUCCCUGAAAUGUUAAACAACGAUUGAUAUCUUUGAUACUGAAAUGAAGAUGUGUUGCGUGAGAUAUGAAUAAAAAUGAAGUGCAGUAAAUGAUCUGAUCUGUUUUCUAAUACAUGCAGAGGUUCAACUAAUAGCUAAAA